AGACACUUUUCUGUAAAAAUGUUAUUUUUUUAUAAAUUUGGCAACUCUGUUGGAACUGUCAAAUCACAUGGUGUUUAAUUUGGCUUUUGGAUUUGAGGAUUCGAGCUUUUCGAGCAUUAAACGUAAUUGAAUAAUUCUCCAUUUCAUUUAAAUUGUGAUAACAUGUCCGGGCGAGAAGGAGGUAAGAAAAAACCGUUAAAACAGCCAAAGAAAGACUCGAAGGAUAUGGACGACGAAGACAUGGCUUUUAAGCAGAAGCAAAAGGAACAACAGAAAGCAAUGGAAGCUGCUAAGCAAAAGGCUGCUAAAGGAGGGCCCUUAGUUGGCGGUGGUAUUAAAAAGUCUGGAAAAAAAUAACACCGUUCCGGCAGCACCAACAUCGUGACAAGGUGUAUGCAAUUUAACCUGCACGCUUCCUCAGCUGAACUGCCACAAAGUUUUUCGAGGUUAGCUAUUGAACAAACUUAAGAACCUUUGGUAAAAUCAGUUAAAUGGAAUCUCCGAUUAAUUCCAUUGUCACGCUAUAUUUGUUUGUAUUGUAAUAUCUUAAGGAAUGAAAUAAAACUGGUAUACAUAAUA